AUGCCGACUGAGCGCGAGCUGGCCAUUUCCCCUCUAGUCCAGGAAUCAGUCCAACAUAACACCCAGGUGAUCUCCAACAUCCGCUCCCUGACCGCCUCUCUCUUCGGCGUCGCCUCCGGUAUCCUCGGUCUCGAGUCCUACUCUGGUUUCCUCUUCUACCUCCUCGGCACCUUCUUCGUCUCGAUACUCAUCUGGAGCAUAUUAGCAAAGGGCAAACAAAGGGAUUACUUCCAGGGAGUGUGGAGCGAGCUGUGGGCCGGAGAUGUCUUGAACGGCGGUAUGAGUUUUGUGCUGACGUGGACGCUGUUCUACGGGUUAGUAAGGGCUUGA